GGUUCCGCGCGCGGACGGGCGUGGCUGGGCCUCUGCGCGACCCGGGCUCCUUCUCCCCGCGGCGGCGGGAUUGGAUUCCCAAAACCAGGGUGGGGUUGGGGGACGAGAUGACAUGAGCCAGUCUUCUUGCUGACACUUAAGUUGUUCUCAGUCCUCUGUUAUAUAGGCUGCAGCGAGUAUGCCAGUAUAUGAUGCUUUUAGGUGGGUUUGUGAAAUUAGAAUAACAAAGCCAUCUAUAUAAGUUUGAGAAAUAAUGCUGCAAAGUAGGAGGCUAGUGAUUGGUUCUGCAGACAGUUCAUCUACUGGUGAAGAUGCACAGGGAGACAAACUUAACCCGUGAGCAGAGGUGAAGACUGGAAUUUCAGGCAUCUUCUGACAGGAGGAAAGAUCUCCCGAGGAUGGUCUCCCACCCAGAACUGAAGCAGCUUUUCUGCACGGCUGAUGCAGUGUGUUUCGAUGUGGACAGCACUGUGAUCAGAGAGGAGGGGAUCGACGAGCUGGCCAGGUUCUGCGGUGUCGAGGAUGCUGUGUCAGAAAUGACACGGAGAGCCAUGGGUGGGGCAGUGCCUUUCAGAGCUGCGCUCACUGAGCGCCUGGCACUGAUCCAGCCCUCCAGGGAGCAGGUGCAAAGGCUCCUGGCAGAGCACCCCCCACACCUGACACCCGGCAUCAGGGAGCUGGUCAGUCGCCUGCAGGAGCGGAACGUCCAGGUCUUCCUCAUCUCUGGUGGCUUUCGGAGCAUUGUAGAGCACGUUGCUGCCAAGCUCAACAUCCCUGCAGCCAAUGUCUUUGCCAACAGGCUGAAAUUCUACUUUAACGGUGAAUAUGCAGGUUUUGAUGAGACACAGCCAACGGCCGAUUCUGGUGGGAAAGGAAAAGUUAUUAAAUUUCUAAAGGAAAAAUUUCACUUUAAGAAAAUAAUCAUGAUUGGAGAUGGAGCCACAGACAUGGAAGCCUGUCCUCCUGCUGAUGUUUUCAUUGGAUUUGGAGGAAAUGUGAUCAGGCAGCAGGUGAAGGACAACGCCAGAUGGUACAUCACUGAUUUUGUGGAGCUCUUGGGGGAUCUCGAAGAAUAAUCUCCAUUUUUUUACACAGCUCGUGACAACUUCAGAUUAAUUUUUACAAGUUACACAGAUUGAUACUAUUUGAUUAUAGUUGCCUGUGACAACUUAAUAUAUAAAGUCGGUACUGAUUUUCUAUAUGUUCAAGUAAAUUAUAGUUAGGACUCCUAGAAGAUUGCUUUCUUUUUCUUUUUUAACUGUAGUCUAGUAUUUUUAUGACCAUCAAUUACCUAGAGAGUUGUAUUAUCUGAAUUCCUGUGUACCGUACCUGUGUACAUUGCUGGCUGUAUUUUACUUGAGGCCUUUCAAGGGUGUAUGGUAAAAUAAGUACCUUCUCUCUGGCAGCAUCCAUUUGGCAGCCUCACCGGAACCCUGGUUUUCCCCUUUGGUGUACAAAUAAAAAUCUAUCCACCCUCCA